CUCAUUUUGGGCUUUUGAGUCUAGACUGUUUCCUCACAAGACGCCAAUGGAUAACAAGACCACAAACUACCGCUUCAACCAUGGCUUAGUCCUCAGAAUGAUGCCGGUAGGGACUUCUACCUCAGAUAAGCGGCCUCGGUCCGCCGUAGCCUUCAACAGGUGGCAGAAUGUGGUGAAGAAAGCAACCAAGGGACUGUUUGGUCAGAGCAGUACCCCUGGCAACCAGACCACCAACAAGAAAGCAGUAAACCCAGGGUUGACCCGGGUAAAGAGCUGGAGGAGAACCAACUCAGAUGCAGCUCCCAGACUCAUCCUCUCCGCCGCAUUGUCACCCCAGCGAUUUGCGGUCUAUGAUCUCAGGGAGGCGUCCAAAGAGCAAAAGGCUCGCGAGGAGAAGGAACACAAAAGAGGAAGGCUUGAUGCUAGACAUAAUUAUUUGCUCAGAACUGUCUCUGAGCACCUUCAGUUGCCCCAAGCUGAUCUCGAGGACAGUAUACUCGAGGGCUUCCAGAUUGAGCUAAUGGAUCAGUUCUUUUUGAAACCCUCCGUCUCUUUGAUAAUGUUUUGUGCACCGAAACUAGAGCCGGUUGAAGCGGCUGCCACCACAACCGCCACCACCGCCACUACUACUGCAAUAUCCCCAGUGGCAGCGGCAGCCCCUCCAGCUAAGCCAGCUAAAGCACGUGUUAAAGUGUACAUAACUGAUGGGAAGAAUGAGAAGAUUGAGACUGAUUGUACCAUACUUUACUUUAUAAAGACGGUGGAGAAACCAGUUACACUGGAAUCCAGCAUGCUCAUGCAUAAGUGGCUGAAUUUCGGAUACAUGGAGCUGACGAAGACAGAAGCAAAAGGAGCACACUUGAUAGAAGGGGUGGCUAGGGUGCUGCAGAUGAUUUAUAUUCCUGCCCUCACUAACUAUAUGACCUGGGGUGAUCUUCCCGGUCUUCAGAGAGAGCAGAUGAAGUGGGAGAUUGUGAGUAAUCUAGAGGGAUUCUGCGGAAUGCUGAACAACGCUUCAGGGAGCCUGGAGGACAAUAUUCUCCUUAGGAAAUGUGAUACGAUAGACCUGACAGCGUACAAGUCAGCAGCAGACUACAUAGAGGUAGCUAACAGUGCUGAGGAUCUCCAGCUGGUGGAACUCUGCUUUGUAGGCUGGUGCAAGCAGAUCGAACAGGUGCUGGCUGAGUCAGAUCAGAUGAGGAAAGAGGCUGACGACAUUGGACCAAAAGCAGAACUUGACCAUUGGAAAAAGAGGAUGGCUAAGUUCAACUCCUUGUUAGACCAGAUUAAGGGACAGGAGUGCAAGGCAGCUCUUGGAGUUAUGAUUGCUGCAAAGAGCAAAUUAAUCAAGAGAUGGAAGCAGUUGGACACACAGAUAACGGACUCAGCUAACGAAGCUAAAGAUAACGUAAAGUUCCUGUAUACUUUAGAGAAGUUCUGUGACCCCCUCUACAAGAACGAUCCUCAGAGCAUGGUGGACCACAUUGCAGGUCUGCUCAACGCUGUUAGGAUGAUCCACAGUAUAUCUAGAUAUUACAACACCAGUGAACGCAUGACCAGCCUGUUCAUCAAGAUAACGAAUCAGAUGAUAACAUCAUGUAAGAACUAUAUAACAUGUAAUGAUAGCGUUAGGCUCUGGCACGAGGACAGAGAUAUAGUGGUGGAGAAACUCAGAGCUUGCAUGACUCUCAACAAGGAGUACCAGGCAGCGUUUCAUAAAACGAAAAAAAGGCUAGAACAGAGUCCAGAGGAGAGACAGUUCGAGUUCUCGGAGAUGUACAUAUUCGGAAAGUUCGAUACGUUCUCCAAACGGCUGGGGAAGAUAAUGCACAUGUUCGAGCUGAUAGAGAGUUACUCAAAGUUAGGGGAGAGUAAGAUUGAGGGCAUUGAGCGGUACUCUACCAGGUUCAUGGUGAUAAUAAAUGUGUUAAAAAAGAAAUCAUAUGACCUGCUGGACCACCGCAAGAUGGAUUUUGAUACAGACUACGAUGACUUUUGUACCCAAGUGGGAGACAUUGAGUUGGACAUCCAGCGCUUUAUGGAGGACAGUCUAGACAAACCCAGCACUACUCAGGCUGCGUUACAACUUGUUAAGAAGUAUCAGAGUCUAAAGAUAUCGUCGCUGGACCCCCAGCAGAAGUUUGGCAAGAUUCUCCAGGGGUUUGGGAAGGAUAUUGAGAACGUGCAGAAGUUGUACCAGAAGCAGAAGAACGACCCACCUUGUGGGAGGAUGCUGCCUCCUAUCUCUGGGAAGAUAGCGUGGGCAAGACAACUGUUCAGGAAGAUUGAACAGCCAAUGUUGGUAUUCCAGCAAUACCCAGCAGUGCUGGAGAGUGACGAUGCCAGGAAGAUUAUCAGGAGUUACAACAAAGUGGCUAAAGUGUUGUUAGAGUACGAGGUCAUAUACCACCAAGCAUGGCUUAAACAGAUAGACGUCAUCAAGUCCGGUUUGAACUCCUCUCUGUUGGUGAGGCACCCUGACACUGGUGUUCUUUACGUCAACUUCGACCCCUCUAUCCUGGAACUCGUUAGAGAGGUAGAUUGCAUGGAGAGAAUGGGACAGGACAUUCCUUCCACCGCACUUCUUAUCAAACAGAAAAAGGCAUCCAUCAAAGCCAGCUAUUCCCUUCUCAACUCGAUGUUGAACGAGUGGAAGAGAAUAACGGGACUAAUUCCGUCCAGCUUCAUCCCCCUGAUGCAGCCACACAUUACCUACGUAGAGGACUAUAUCAGACCUGGACUAACUAUGUUAACGUGGAGUAGCAUUAACAUGGAGUCUUAUGUCGGCAGAAUCACCAGGGAGAUGAGAAAGUUGGAACUUCUUAUCAACCGAAUAAACGAUCUGUGCACUUUCAGGAUAGACUCAGUUUUGAAAGAGAUGGGGCAGACAUUGCUCUGUGAACUUCCUGACCAAACUGCUUGGAGUGUGGAACAGUUUCUCUCUAGAACAGAGAGUGUUUGCAACAUGGCUGCAAUACAAUUAGAGUUGAAAAGCAAACAAGUCGAGAAAGCUACAAAUGAACUUAUAGACAUGAUGAUGAGUUACCCACAGUUAACGGACGAGAUUCAGGACGAAGAAACGCGACCUAGUAGCUCCAGAACUCCCACACCUCCUACAACCGCUAAAAGUGGUAAACCAAGCCGCUACAGUGCUAGAGGAGUAAGAGGGCUACCAGAAUCGGAGGAAGACCAGAGGCCCGGGGCAAGGAGCAGAUUAAGGAAACGGCUCCUGAGGGAGAGUCUUGAAGAGGAAGCUAAGGAGCUGAGGAGCACUUUCCAACAUAGGAACCUGGAAGCCAUACUCCGGGCUACAAGGAGUACUCUAGAGACCCUGAAAAAGAGGGUCCAAGUGUCUUCUCUGCAUAUGUACGAAGUUACUCCCGCACAGGGAAGCAGGAAAUCAGAAACUCCUCUCUUCAAGGCGGACAUAGUCCUCUCCAUACCAGCAAUAGUCAUGUUACCGGGGCUGGACGAAAUACAACAAGGACUCAACACAAGCAUCCGACUAAUACUCAACGUCAGCCGAUGUAUAUUACAAUGGGGACAGAAGGAUAUAGAACCACCUGAUCCGGGACCCAGCAACCCUGUUCCUGAUACAAAGUCUCCCAGAAUCACCGUGGUUACUGCUCCUUCCACCAAACCUGACGCUGCCAGGACAUAUUUCAAGAGCAUCAGUGAAAACAAGGAUAUCUCCAAGAUGGCUAGUCUUCUCAGCACGGCUAUCAACGCCACCAAAUCUGAAAUCAGCAAAGCUCUCGAGCAGUUCAAGCCAUACCACGCUUUAUGGGACACUGACCAGGAGAAGGUGGAGCAGGAGUUCCUAACUCAGGACCCUAGUUUAGGGGAGUUUGAGGGGAUGAUCCUGCAGUACGAGACAGAGAUAGACCAGAUAGCUGAUAUACCGGAGACCAUUCCAGUUGGUGCUAUCGCUCUUGAAUCUGUUGUACUGAAAGAAGCGCUGAUAGCAGAAGCUAAAGGGUGGAAACUCUUAUACGGUAGUUUGGCGAACAGGAAAUACAGAAAUCGAAUGAAGGAAAUAUUUGAGCUUGUCGAGGAACUGAGCAAGAAACUUAGCCGUCCUAUCAGUGAUUUAGAUGAUGUGAGGGAUAGUAUGGCAGCUCUUGCUAAGAUCCGGAGUAAGGAGAUUGAGAUCGACAUGGUCAUCGGCCCAAUCGAGGACUCGUACGCGAUGUUGAACAAGUUCGAGUUACCACUAUUGAAGGAGGAGGCAGAGAGGGUGGAUACUCUGAGGUAUGCCUGGGAAAAGGUUCUCAGUCAGGGCGGAGAGGUACAGACCCAUCUCGUGGACAUUCAGCCCACCUUCAAGAAAACACUGCUGGUAAAUGUCGUUAAUUUCAAAACAGAGGUGGAAAACUUCGCUAAAGACUACGAUCUUAACGGUCCCAUGGUUACUGGUCUGGCACCAGAGGAGGCUAGUGUGAGACUCACCAUAUUCCAAUCUACGUUUGAUGACCUGUGGAGAAAGUACGACACGUACAGCAGCGGGGAGGGCUUGUUCGGACUUCCCGUUAAGGAAUACCCCAUCUUAGGCAAGAUGAAGAAAGAGCUGAAUUUGCUCCAGAAACUCUAUACACUGUACAACACGGUCAUUGAUACGGUUAACGGCUACUACGAUAUCCUCUGGCUAGAUAUUGAUAUUGAGAAGAUAAAUGACGAACUCAAUGACUUCCAGAACAGAUGCCGCAAGUUGCCGCGAGCACUGAAGGACUGGCCAGCUUACAACGCUCUCAAGCAAAAGAUAGACGACUUCAACGAAACUUGCCCUCUUCUGGAGCUAAUGACAAACAAGGCUCUGAAAGCUAGACAUUGGGAACGGAUAUCAGUACUAACCGGACACACCUUCGACUUUGAGUCAGAUACUUUCAUGCUGAGAAAUAUCAUGGAGGCGCCUCUACUUCAGUUUAAGGAGGACAUUGAGGAUAUAUGCAUCUCUGCUGUGAAAGAAAAAGACAUCGAAGCUAAAUUAAAAAUGGUUAUAAGCGAGUGGAACCACGAGGAGCUGACUUUCUCUCUGUUUAAGAACCGGGGAGAGCUACUGCUUAAAGGUCAACAAGUGUCAGAUAUCGUGUCAAAAAUGGAGGAUAGUCUUAUGAUGCUGGGCUCUCUAAUGAGCAACAGAUACAACGCACCAUUUAAGAAGAGCAUCCACAAGUGGGUUACCCAGCUCUCUUCUUCAACUGAUAUCAUUGAGAGUUGGAUGUCCGUUCAAAACCUCUGGAUCUACCUUGAGGCUGUGUUCGUGGGAGGCGACAUCGCUAAACAGCUUCCAAAGGAAGCAAAAAGGUUCCAGAGUAUAGACAAGAGCUGGGUGAAGAUCAUGACGCGAGCUCACGAGACACCAAGUGUUGUGAGCUGUUGUGUUGGGGACGAGAUGUUGGGACAGCUCCUCCCUCACCUACUUGAGCAGCUGGAACUCUGCCAGAAGUCUCUCUCCGGAUACUUAGAGAAGAAACGACUCUUAUUCCCGAGAUUCUUCUUCGUAUCAGACCCAGCUCUCUUGGAGAUCUUGGGACAGGCUUCGGACCCUCACACUAUACAGGCACAUCUACUAAGCGUAUUCGACAACACAAAGAGUGUCAAAUUCCACGAAAAGGAUUAUGAAAAGAUAACGGCUAUCGUUUCUAAAGAGGAGGAGACGAUCGAACUGGACAAACCCGUCAUGGCGCAGGGUAACGUAGAGAUCUGGCUGGCAAGUCUCCUGAAGAUGGCCCAGCAGAGUUUACACACUGUUAUCAGAACUGCGGCCAUGGCUAUAAACGAGGCCAGCAGCUUUGUGUUCCUGGAGUUCUUCAACACUUACCCAGCUCAAGUGGGCCUGUUGGGGCUCCAGCUCUUGUGGACUAAGAAAUCAGAGGAGGCCCUCAAAACCGCUAAAUAUGACAGGAAAAUAAUGGGAGCGACUAAGCAGUUGUUCAGCGAGCAGUUGAACGAGCUGAUCGCCCAAACAACCACCAACCUGACUCGAGUACAGAGAACUAAGUUCGAAACUCUCAUUACCAUCCACGUACAUCAGCACGACAUAUUUGAGGAGCUGCACAAAAAGAAUGUAAAGUAUGCACACGAUUUCGAGUGGUUGAAACAGAGCCGCUUCUACUUCAAGGAUGACGUGGAUAAAUGUGAAAUCAGCAUCACUAACGUCGACUUUGUUUACCAAAACGAGUUCCUGGGCUGUACAGAAAGACUGGUGAUAACUCCUCUCACUGACAGAUGCUACAUUACUUUAGCUCAAGCUCUUGGCAUGAGCAUGGGAGCAGCCCCUGCCGGUCCAGCCGGUACUGGUAAAACUGAGACAACCAAAGAUAUGGGCAAAGCUCUGGGGAAGUUUGUUGUGGUGUUCAACUGUUCCGAUCAGAUGGAUUACAGAGGAUUAGGAAAGAUCUACAAAGGACUAGCUCAGUCAGGAUCCUGGGGGUGUUUCGACGAGUUCAACAGAAUAGACCUGCCUGUCCUAUCAGUAGCGGCUCAGCAGAUCGCUAUCGUGCUGGCAUGCAGGAAGGAACGGAAACGACAGUUCAUCUUCACGGACGGAGACGUGGUGGAUCUCAACCCUGAGUUCGGGUUGUUUAUCACCAUGAACCCAGGUUACGCGGGUAGACAGGAACUGCCUGAGAACUUGAAGAUGUUGUUCAGAACCGUGGCUAUGAUGGUGCCAGACAGGCAGAUUAUCAUUAGGGUGAAACUGGCUAGUUGUGGAUUUGCUGAGAACCUAUCACUAGCGAGCAAGUUCUACACGCUCUACAAACUCUGUGAGGAGCAACUCACCAAACAGGUUCAUUACGAUUUUGGGCUACGAAAUAUCCUGUCGGUGUUGAGAACCCUUGGACAAAACAAACGAGACAAUGCUUCAGAUCCUGAGAGCAAAAUAGUUAUGCGAGUGCUGCGGGACAUGAACCUCUCCAAGUUGGUUGAUGAAGACGAGCCUCUCUUCUUAUCUCUCAUAUCUGAUCUCUUCCCUGCGAUCACACUCGACACUGCUGGGUAUCCAGCUCUUGAGAAAGCAAUCAAGGACCAAUGUGAAGAGGAGAAGCUGAUCUACCAUCUACCCUGGGUACUGAAACUAAUCCAGCUAUUUGAGACUCAGCGAGUGAGACACGGGAUGAUGGCUUUGGGCCCCAGUGGGGCCGGUAAGACUGUGUGUAUACACGUGCUGAUGAAAGCUAUGAGCACGUGUGGUAGCUUCACUAAAGAGAUGAGGAUGAACCCUAAAGCUAUCUCUUCACCACAGAUGUUUGGUAGGCUUGACGUUGCUACCAACGAUUGGACGGACGGAAUAUUCUCUACACUAUGGAGAAAAACUCUCAAAACCAAGAAAGGAGAAAAUGUGUGGCUUGUCCUAGACGGACCAGUGGACGCUAUCUGGAUCGAGAACUUGAACUCAGUGCUGGACGACAACAAGACCCUAACUCUAGCAAACGGAGACCGCAUCCCCAUGUCCCCCAACUGUAAGAUCGUGUUUGAGCCCCACAACAUUGACAACGCCUCCCCCGCCACAGUAUCCCGUAACGGUAUGGUGUACAUGAGUAGCAGUGCGCUGGACUGGCACCCUAUCUUAGAGGGCUGGCUGAACCACCGACCCCCCACUGAGAGGAAGGUCCUGAUGGAGCUGUUCGAGGGCAGCUUCACUGCUGUUUAUACCUAUGUGUGGCAGAGUCUGAACCCCAGGAUGGAAACACUGGAGUGCAACUACAUACGACAGGCUUGUGAUCUGUUAGAAGGACUGAUCCCUGUAAAGAUAGACCUGAACUCGGGUCGGGAGGAGAUAGCAGUCCUUUCUCCGGAGCACUUAGGUCGUCUCUACGUGUUCGCCAUCAUGUGGUCUCUGGGGGCUCUGCUAGAGCUGGAGGACAGGGAGAAGAUGCAGGAGUUCAUGGUGGACAGGUGCUCUGUUGACAUGCCUCCUUUCAACAAACAUCCACCCGGAACUACUAUAUUCGAGUUUCUCGUUGACGACAAAGGUAACUGGCAGCACUGGUUGGAGAGGGUGGAGAAUUACCAGUACCCCACGGACCACUGUCCGGAGUACUCUUCUAUCCUGGUUCCAAAUGUGGAUAACGUGAGGAUGAACUUCUUAGUGGAGACCAUACACAAGCAGAACAAAGCUGUGAUGUUAAUUGGCGAGCAGGGGACCGCUAAAACUGUUAUUCUCAAGUCGUUCGGGAGCAACGUUGUCAAGGAAGCCCCUGAGUUAAAACUCUUUAAAUCCUUUAACUUCUCAUCCGCCACUACUCCUUAUCUUUUCCAGAGAACAGUGGAAGCGUUCGUUGACAAGCGCAUGGGGAACACGUAUGGUCCACCAGCCGGCAAGAAGAUGACUGUCUUUAUUGAUGACAUCAAUAUGCCUGUUAUCAACGAGUGGUUAGAUCAGAUCACCAACGAGAUCGUCAGACAGCUCAUGGAAAUGAACGGGUUUUACAGUUUAGAGAAAAUCGGAGAUUUUACAACGAUUACAGAUAUGUUCUUUAUGGCAGCCAUGAUUCAACCGGGAGGUGGUAGAAAUGACAUCCCUCAAAGGUUAAAGAGACACUUCAGUAUCUUCAACUGCUGCCUGCCUUCCAACGCCAGCAUGGACAAGAUCUUCAAGACUAUUGGCUGUGGUUACUACUGCAAGGAGAGAGGCUUCACGGAGGGUGUCAUGCAGUUUGUUGAGCAGGUGGUUCCUCUGACCAGGAAACUUUGGCAAGCUGUUAAAAUCAAGAUGUUACCGACCCCUGCCAAGUUCCACUACAUCUUUAACCUGAGAGAUCUUAGCAGGAUUUGGGAGGGAAUGUUGAAGUGUAUCCCGGAGGUAGCGUGCGAGCCGGCUAUUAUCCUAAAGCUGUGGAGACACGAGAGCACCAGGGUAAUAGCGGACAGAUUCACUAACCCUGAGGACCUAGUCUGGUUCCAGAAGACCAUGCUGAAUAUAGCUGAGGAGGAGCUGGGAGAGGAGUGUGCUGGUUACGUGCGGGAGGAUGACUGGUUUGUCAGCUUCCUCCGGGACGCUCCCGAUGUUACAGGGGAGGAACCUGAUGACCAUGACUUUGACGCUCCCUCUAUUUACGAGCCUAUCGCUGACUUCGUGCAGCUGGAAGCUAGGCUGAUCAACUUCAUGGAACAGUAUAACGAGUCUAUUAGAGGUGCUCCUAUAGAUCUAGUCUUCUUCAAGGAUGCCAUGACUCAUCUCGUAAAGGUAUCUAGAAUCCUACAGACUCCCCGGGGCAAUGCCUUGCUAGUUGGAGUUGGAGGGUCAGGUAAACAGUCCCUUACCAAACUUGCCUCCUUUAUCGCGGGCUACAAAACAUUCCAGAUAACACUGACCAGGUCCUACAACAGCAGUAAUCUGAUGGAUGAUCUGAAGAUCUUGUACAGGGCUACUGGACAACAGGGGAUACCUAUGAGCUUUAUAUUUACUGAUAAUGAUAUUAAAGAUGAAGCCUUCCUGGAGUAUCUCAAUAACAUUCUCUCAUCUGGCGAGGUUUCUAACCUGUUUGCACGUGACGAAAUGGACGAGAUUCAGCAGGAGCUAAUACCUGUGAUGAAGAAGGAGCUACCCAGACACCCACCGACUCCGGAGAACCUUUAUGAGUAUUUCCUCUCUAGAGCCAGGAAUAACCUUCACAUCGUGCUCUGUUUCUCACCGGUGGGGGAGAAGUUCCGAAACAGAGCCCUCAAGUUCCCAGGACUUAUAUCAGGCUGUACUAUGGACUGGUUUGCCAGGUGGCCCAAAGACGCCCUCAUAGCUGUGGCAAAGCAUUUCUUGUCCUCUUUUGAGAUGAGAUGCGUUGAUGAGGUCAAGGAACAGAUCGUAUACAGUAUGGGGUAUAUUCACGACGGGGUGGCUGAAGCUUGUGUCAAGUACUUUGAUAGGUUCCGGAGGUCUACCCACGUGACCCCUAAGAGUUAUCUCUCUUUCAUCGCCAACUACAAAGAGAUUUACAUGGAGAAGUGCAAGCAGAAAAACGAUAUGGCGCAACGCAUGAACACUGGUUUGGACAAGCUGAACGAAGCAAGUGAGUCAGUAGCGGAACUCUCGGUAGAGCUUGUCGAGAAGGAAAAGGAGCUCGCAGUGUCCUCUGUUAAAGCGGAGAAAGUGCUGGCCGAUGUGACUAUUCAAGCUGAGGCAGCAGAAGUUGCCAAACAGGAGGUGCAAAAAAAGAAGGACAAAGCUCAGUCUAUAUUCGACAGCAUCUCAAUUGACAAGAAGAUUGCGUUGGAAAAACUGGAGAAAGCAAAACCUGCUCUUAAAGAAGCUGAAGCGGCCCUGCUAACUAUAAAACCAGCAGAUAUAGCGACAGUGAGGAAGUUACCCAAACCACCUCAUCUCAUUAUGAGGAUAUCAGACUGUGUGCUGUUGUUGUUGGGCCGCCAAGUGGAACAGGUGGAGAUGGACCCGGACAGACCGUGUGUCAAGCCGAGCUGGAGCCACUCUCUCAAGAUGUUGAGUGGCAGCACUUUCCUGCAGUCUCUACAGAACUUUAACAAGGACACCAUAAACGACGAGGUGGUGGAGUUGCUGCAGCCCUACUUUGAGAUGCCAGACUAUUCGCUUGAAGUUGCCAAAAAGGUGUGCGGUAACGUGGCGGGACUCUGUUCAUGGACCAAAGCAAUGUCCGCAUACUACUCCAUCAACAAGGAAGUGUUACCACUUAAAGCUAACCUGGCAGUUCAAGAGCGGAGGUUGGAGGACGCCAACGAGAGUAAGCUCCAGGCUCAGGGACAACUGGACGCUAAGAACGCUGAACUGGACAAGGUAAGGAAACUGUACGAUGACGCUAUGAGGGAAAAGAAGGAUCUUGAGAACGAUGCUGAUACUUGCAAGAGGAGGAUGGUAGCAGCUAAAACUCUGAUAGAUGGACUGAGGGGAGAGAAGAUCAGGUGGACUGAGCAGAGUAAGGAGUUCAAGGCUCAGAUAGAGAGGUUGGCAGGAGACGUGUUGAUGGCGACUGGUUUUCUGUCCUACUGCGGACCCUUUAACCAGGAGUACAGACAGUUGUUACUGCGCAACUGGCAGGGAGAGAAUAAAAGCAGGAGUAUCCCAUACACUCACAACUUGGACCUCAUCAGCAUGUUGGCUGAGAAAACCACUAUAUCGGAGUGGAAUCUACAAGGGUUGCCUAGUGAUGAGCUGAGUAUCCAGAACGGUAUCAUCUGCACCAAGGCCACCAGAUAUCCCCUCAUUAUUGAUCCCCAGGGACAAGGAAAGAUCUGGAUCAAGAACAGAGAAAAUACCAUACUUACGAGCGAGGGAAAGGAGGCAAAAGAUUUCUCCGUGACAUCGCUCAACCACAAGUUCUUUAGAACGCAUCUGGAGGACUGUUUGUCGCAAGGGCGUCCUCUCAUGAUCGAGGAUAUAGGUGAGGAAUUGGACCCAAUUCUUGACAAUGUUCUGGAGAAAAAUUUCAUUAAGAGCGGCAAAUCAUUAAAGGUUAAAGUGGGUGACAAGGAACUUGAUGUGAUGAAAGGGUUCCGGAUCUACAUCACUACAAAACUAGCUAACCCAUCCUACACUCCGGAAAUAUCCGCUAGAACCAGUAUCAUCGACUUUACAGUAACGAUAAAGGGGCUGGAGGACCAGCUGUUGGGUAUUGUUAUUCUCAAGGAGAAGGGAGAGUUGGAGAAAGAGAGGACUAACUUGAUAGAGGAUGUGACAGCUAAUAAACGCAAGAUGGAUGAGCUGGAAGAGAACCUGCUGUUCAAACUAACCAGCAUCCAGGGUCCUUUAGUUGAUGACGAGUCUCUUAUUGAAGUGCUCGGUGUCACUAAGAUUACAUCUGAAGAGGUAAAGCACAAGCUAGUAACAGCGGCGGAGACGGAAGUGAAGAUAAACACAGCCCGAGAAGAGUUCAGACCAGUAGCAACCCGAGGUAGCAUCCUCUACUUCCUUAUAGUGGAGAUGAGCUAUGUUAACUCAAUGUACCAGACAAGUAUCAGACAGUUCCUGGCCCUCUUUGAUGAUAGUAUGGAGAAGUCGGACAAAUCUCCCAUCACGAGUAAGCGGAUAUCUAACAUCAUAGACUACCUGACCUAUGAAGUGUGGAAAUACCAAGUAAGAGGGCUGUAUGAGGAGCACAAGUUCCUGUACACUUUGCUCCUAACCCUCAAGAUCUGCCUUCAAUCCAACAGAAUCAAACCGAACGAGUUCAUGACCUUUAUCAAAGGCGGUGCAGCACUAGACUUAAAAGCCGUGGCACCAAAACCAAAAAACAACUGGAUAUCCGAUAUGACUUGGCUAAACCUGGUCGAGCUGUCAAAGAUUCCUCAAUUCUCUGAAAUCCUAACCCAAGUCUCACGAAACGAGAAAGCAUGGAGGCAGUGGUAUGACAGCGAUGCUCCGGAAGAGGGCAACAUUCCUGACGGUUACCAGAACUCACUUGAUAUCUUCAAGAGAACACUGCUGGUUAGAUCCUGGUGUCCCGACAGGACUUUAGCUCAGGCUAGGAGGUUCGUUGUGGACGCUCUAGGUCAGAGGUUUGCUGAUGGAGUUAUCCUUGAUUUCUACAUGAUGUGGGAAGAGAGCGAUAACAUGACUCCUCUAAUCUGCUUCUUGAGCAUGGGAUCCGAUCCUACUGCUCAGAUUGACACCUUAGCUAAGAAACUGAAGGUGGAUUGUAAACCUGUGUCUAUGGGACAAGGUCAGGAGAUCCACGCUAGACGCCUCCUCACCAACUCGAUGAGUCAGGGAGGAUGGGUCCUGCUGCAAAACUGUCAUCUGGGACUCAACUUCAUGGACGAACUACUUCAGACGAUCACAGAGCCGGCAGGUCCAGUACACGAGACCUUCAGACUGUGGAUGACAACAGAAGGACACCCUCACUUCCCUAUAAAUCUCCUUCAGAUUGGUCUGAAAUACACCAACGAACCACCUCAAGGGGUUAAAGCUGGAGUUAAGAGAACGUACAACGGAGUGACCCAAGAUCAGCUUGACAUAACCAACAUGCCCCAGUGGAAGCCCAUGCUCUACACUGUAGCAAUCCUCCACACAGUCGUUCAGGAGAGAAGGAAGUUUGGACCACUCGGCUGGAAUAUCCCAUACGAGUUUAACCAGGCUGAUCUGACAGCUUCUAUCCAGUUUUUACAGAACCAUCUAGAUGACAUGGAUCCUAGACACGGUGUGAACUGGAGCACGGUGCAGUACAUGAUAGGGGAGGUUCAGUACGGAGGCAGGGUUACUGAUGACAUGGACAAGAGGCUCCUCAAAACCUUCUGUAAAGUCUGGUUCAGGGAGGAGAUGUUUCUUCCGGGUUUCCAGUUUUUCACACCAGUUGGGAACAACUGCGAUGCUGGCAAGCCUUAUACCAUCCCACAAUGUAAAACUGUUCAGCAGUACCUGGACUUCAUUGAGAAGCUCCCUCCAGUAGACUCCCCAGAAGUGUUUGGGAUGCAUCCGAACGCGAACAUCACCUACCAGAGUAAAACAGCUAGAGAUAUCCUGGACACUGUCCUGAAUAUCCAGCCAAAAGAGAGCAGUGGGGGACUGGGGGAGACGAGGGAAGCUGCCGUCUCCAGAAUGGCUGACGACAUGUUGUCAAAGCUACCUGACGACUACAUCGCUCAUCAGGUCAAAGAUAGGAUUAACGAGAUGGGGGCUCUUUCUUCGAUGAACAUUUUCCUGAAGCAAGAGAUAGACAGGAUGCAGCGAGUGAUAACAUGUGUUAGGAGCACCCUGACAGAUCUCAAGUUGGCGAUCGAGGGAACCAUAAUAAUGAGCGAGAAGUUGAGGGAAGCACUCGAUAAUAUCUACGACGCCAAAGUGCCGCCCUUCUGGACCCGGAUCUCCUGGGACAGCAGCACUAUUGGCUUCUGGUUCACUGAACUGAUAGAGAGAAACUCCCAGUUUCACACUUGGUGCUUUAAUGGAAGACCUCACGUCUUCUGGAUGACUGGAUUCUUCAACCCUCAGGGUUUCUUAACUGCUAUGAGACAGGAAGUUACGCGAGCUCACAAAGGGUGGGCGUUAGAUCAAGUGGUCCUAAAUAACGAGAUGACCAAGUCAACAAAGGACGAUAUCACGGCCCCUCCCCCCGAGGGAGUGUUUGUUCACGGUCUCUUCCUGGACGGAGCGGGCUGGGACAGGCGGAACUCACGGCUUAUAGAGUCGCCUCCCAAGGUCCUGUCCGCUCCACUACCUGUUAUCCGGAUAUUCGCGGAGAACCAGGUCAUGGCGAAGGAUAGCAAGAUGUACGAGUGUCCGAUCUACAAGAAGCCGCGGAGAACGGACCUGACGUUCAUUGCUACGGUCGUUCUGAGACACGGCACUGCCGAUGUGGAGAAGUGGAUCAUGAGGGGCGUGGCUCUUUUGUGUGAUAUCAAGUAGACCUAGAGAGCAGCCACCAGUCCACAUCAGGCCAAGCUUUGGUAAUAUAUGACAUCAACUAUCAAGUUGAAUUAUUGAACUGUUGUUCAUCUUGACAGGUGUCUUGUGUUGCCUUAAGAUUCUCAAGUUCUUCGGGUGAAAAUUUCAAAUUUUGAAGUGAGCUUCAGCUGAGUAGCAAACAAGAAAGUAUGUCGUCAGAAUCAGAUAUUGACACUGACAGUUCAAUUUUUAUCCAGCAUGUACAUUGUACAAAGAUUGUGUUUAUAGCAAACUCUUAUGUACCUUAAUUUGUAUUAAAUAAUAUUAAUAAGAACUGUUUAUUCUUUUAUUGUUCAUUAAUUUACGCUUUAUAGUUUCACAGUGAAUGCAGUUGGGUGUAUUUUAGAGCAGCUUUUCAUACAUGAAACAUAAAAGUAGAAUAAUGAUUUUUUUCAUUGUUAAUCAAAGGAACCAUUAAAAAGGAGAAAAUAUUUGAGUGUAUACAGCAUUACGCUCGAAAACAUGAACAAUGAGUUAUCCGUAUCAGCGUUUCUGUUUUACCGAUCUUAAAUCGUUGAACUAUAAUUCCGUGUGUAUAGUCCAGUCUUGAAUUGGAAAUACUUUAUAUUUUUGUUUCAGUCAUUACAUGAUUACCCUCUUCGAUGUUAUAGAUU